CGAAAGUGCAACGAAUAAUUCCGCUGUACAAUAAUUACAUAAAUGUAGCAUCGCUAAAAUGGUUUAGAGACUAAUUAAAAUGACGGUAUAUUCCUAUUUAGUUAUAUUAUUUAUUCUUCUUGAUAACUAUUGUUCCGCAUACGGAUAUGGUUAUUCAUAUCAUCGACGCAGACGUUUUGAUCCAGCUAUCGCUACAUUUACAAAAGAACCAGUUUUAGGUUCGGUGUGGUUUACACAACAUGGAGAUUUUAUGUACCUCAAUGGGAGUGUGGCAGUACUCCCACCCGAUGCAGUGCUGGGUGUACAUAUUCAUCGUUAUGGAGGACUUGGAAACAUGUGUCUUGAAGCUGGUCCUCAUUUCAAUCCAUUCCACCAACGUCAUGGUGGACGUCAUGGAUACCCUAGACACGCUGGAGACUUGGGAAACAUUAGAGUUGGACACAACAGUGUAAUGAUAUUUGAUCUCUAUGUUAGUUUGAAAGGUCUAGAACCAUAUGAUGGAUUUAUUGGUCGAUCACUUGUUAUACAUGCAAAUAUGGAUGAUCUUGGAAGAAAUGCAGAUGAAGGCAGUAGAACAACCGGUAAUUCUGGUCCCAGAUUAGCAUGUGCUACAAUAGGAUAUCGUGCGCCAUGAAAUGAUUUUUGUUGAAUUUAUCACAUAAUAAAAACCGGAUGAUAAAUG